UGGUGUAAUAACAUUACUGACAGAACGACCCCGUCCCCGACACAACAGCCAAGCGACCACAUUGCCUGCACAAACCACUGCCUGCUUCCCUGCCUGCGAGAGAGCGGCUCUGUCAAUCAGUGUGACUUCACUCUCAGCACGCCCUGUGUUUUCAGUAGUAGUAUUCUCCCAUCCUCUCCGCUGCUCGGAUUUGCUGUGUGAGUGAGUGUGCUGUCUGUGCUGCCUGUAAGCGGAGGAAUAGACUAGGGAGCAGCCCUCCCGGUGCGCUUAAGUUGCAGCCUGCUUUGUCGGUGUGGCGGCUCGUUGAACGCGUUGGAACUUUAACACUGGAUCCCAAACUCCGUCUCACAUUGGUGUGCAGUGUGGCGCUGCAAUGGAUCUCGGACAUGGACUUGCCUUCUUAAUGCUUUUACCAUUCUUUCUGCACACGGACGGCCUUUAUAUUGCAAAUAAUAUAGAGUCACUGCAGGGCACACUUGGGGAAUAUGGACUGGUGACUCCAAUCAGCACUGACUCCGAGGGACGGUUCCUGUCGCACGUGGUGUCUGCAGCACACGGACGGAGACGCUCGCGCAGGGACACCGAGGGCUCCUCCCACGAGCCACGCAGCGACAGGCUGUUUUUCAACGUCACCGUGUUUGGGAAGGAGUUUCACUUGAGACUGAGGCUGAACUCCAGGCUGGUGGCACCUGGAGCCAAGAUAGAAUGGCAGGAGGAUACGAACGUCACUCGCACGGAACCGUUACUUGGGGAUUGCUUCUAUGUUGGAGAUAUCACAGACGUGCAAGGAGCUUCGGUUGCUAUUAGCAACUGCGAUGGCCUGGCUGGGAUGAUCCGCACAGAGAAGGAGGAGUUCUUCAUCGAGCCUGUGGAGUCGGGUGGAGAGCUGGGAGAGGAGGAGCAGGGGGGUCGGCAACACAUCGUCUACCGCAAGUCCUCCAUCAAAACCAGUCCCAGCAACCAAACCAGUGACUUCCACGGCAAAGGAAAUGACCUGGGUGGUCUUCUUGAUCUGGAGACCAUGUACCGCGGAGUGGAGCAGCACCUGAACCAGACCCGGCGGUCCCGCCGUCACAUCGCUGACGACAAUUACAACAUCGAGGUGCUGCUGGGGGUGGACGACUCAGUCGUGCAGUUCCACGGGAAGGAGGACGUGCAGAAUUACCUGCUGACACUGAUGAAUAUCGUCAAUGAGAUUUAUCAUGAUGAUUCCUUGGGUGCCCAUGUGAAUGUGGUUCUGGUGCGCAUCAUCAUGCUGGGUUAUGGGAAGUCGAUGAGUUUGAUUGAAGUUGGAAACCCCUCCCAGAGCCUGGAGAAUGUGUGCCGCUGGGCCUACUUACAGCAGAAGCCGGAUGCCGGGCACGCAGAGUACCACGACCACGCCAUAUUCCUCACCAGGCAGGAGUUCGGGCCCUCCGGCAUGCAAGGCUACGCCCCCGUGACUGGCAUGUGCCACCCUGUCCGGAGCUGCACUCUGAACCACGAGGACGGCUUCUCCUCUGCGUUCGUCGUGGCUCACGAAACAGGCCAUGUGCUGGGCAUGGAGCACGACGGGCAGGGGAACCGCUGCGGGGACGAGGUGCGCAUGGGCAGCAUCAUGGCUCCCCUGGUCCAGGCAGCUUUCCAUCGCUUCCACUGGUCUCGCUGCAGCCAGCAGGAGCUCAUCCGAUACCUGCAUGCCUAUGAUUGUCUCCGUGACGACCCCUUUCACCACGACUGGCCAUCCCUCCCCCAGCUGCCGGGCAUCCAUUACUCCAUGAACGAGCAGUGCCGCUUCGACUUUGGCAUCGGAUACAUGAUGUGCACUGCAUUCCGCACAUUUGAUCCGUGUAAGCAGCUCUGGUGUAGUCAUCCAGACAAUCCGUACUUUUGUAAAACCAAGAAGGGCCCCCCUCUAGACGGGACAGUGUGUGCCUCUGGGAAGCACUGUUUUAAAGGGCACUGUAUCUGGCUGACCCCCGACAUCCUGAAGCAGGAUGGGAACUGGGGACCCUGGAGCAAGUUUGGCUCCUGUUCCAGAACGUGUGGGAGCGGGGUGCGCUUCAGAACUCGCCAGUGUGAUAACCCUCUCCCUGCCAAUGGUGGCCGCACCUGCUAUGGCCCGAGUUACGAGUUCCAGCUGUGUAACACGCAGGAAUGCCUCAAACUGUUUGAAGACUUCAGAGAGGACCAGUGCAAGCAAUGGGAUCCUUUCUUUGAGUACCAGAACUCCAAGCACCACUGGCUGCCUUACGAGCACUCUGACCCCAAGGAGAGAUGCCAGCUGUACUGCCAGUCGAAGGAGACACGCGACAUAGUGUACAUGAAGAGGAUGGCACACGACGGGACACGCUGCUCCUAUAAAGACCCCUACAGCAUCUGUGUUCGAGGUGAAUGUGUGAAAGUGGGCUGUGACAAGGUGAUCGGCUCCCCGAAGCAGGAGGAUAAGUGUGGCGUCUGUGGAGGAGACAACUCCCACUGCAAAGUCGUGAAGGGAACCUUCUCCAGAGUGCCCAAGAAACACGGCUUUCUUAAGAUGUUUGAAGUUCCACCUGGAGCAAGACACCUGUUCAUUCAGGAAACAGACACCACUCAGCAUAUUCUAGCUGUUAAGAACCAGGCUACAGGGAAGUUUGUCCUGAACGGAGAGGGUGAAUUUCCUGAAUCCAGAUCGUUCAUUGAAUCCGGAGUGGAGUGGGAGUAUCACAAUGACGAUGACAAAGAGACCAUACAGACCACCGGCCCGCUGAACUACGGGAUUAUGGUUAUGAUUGUCCCAAAUGGAGACUCCAGAAUCUCUCUCUUGUACAAAUACAUGAUCCACGAAGACUCUCUGUCCACUCUUGACAAUAACAAUGUUCUAGAAGACUUGGCUUCGUAUGAAUGGGCUUUGAAGAAAUGGUCCCACUGCUCCAAGCCCUGUGGAGGAGGUUAUCAGUUUACAAGGUAUGGGUGUCGCAGGAAGACCGAUGGCAAAAUGGUUCAUCGCAGCUACUGUGAAACGAUCAAAAAGCCCAAGGCUAUUCGCAGGAUGUGCAACUUACAAGAGUGCUCCCAACCCAUCUGGGUCACUGGCGAGUGGGAGUCUUGCAGCAAGACUUGUGGGAAGACGGGACAGCAGGUGCGAUCUGUGCGCUGCAUCCAGCCCCUCCACGACGGCACCAACCGAUCUAUCCACAGCAAAUACUGCAACGAUGACCGUCCUGAGUCCAGACAGCCCUGCAACCGAGAGCUGUGCCCAGCGCAGUGGAGAACAGGACCGUGGUCACAGUGUUCUGUGACCUGUGGCAAUGGUACUCAGGAGAGACAGGCGCUGUGUCGUACCAGGGACAACAUCAUCGGACUGUGUGUGGAAGCCAAGCCAGAGAGCAGCAGGGUCUGCAGGCUGCCUCCCUGCCCCAAAAACACUUCAGACCAAAGCAAAAAAGGAAACUUCCUGAUCCAGUGGCUCUCCAGACCAGAUUCUGAAUUCCCCAUCCAGAAGAUUUCUUCAAGGCACCGUUGCCAAGGUGACAAGUCUGUGUUCUGCCGCAUGGAAGCCCUGGCGCGGUACUGCUCAGUUCCAGGCUACCAGCAGCUGUGUUGCAAGUCCUGCAACGAGAUCAACAACAGCUCACAUUCCUUCUCAAACAAAAGCAACGACAUAGAGGAGCACCAACCCCCUACUGUUACCUCCCCAGACCCGAUCACAAUGUGGCCUACCACAAUGUGGCCUACCACUGAGCCAACCAGUGCCAUGCAUACAACCACUACACCUAGCAGCCAAAAUGGAACUGACAGUAGAGAAACCAACGCCAUCGAUGUGCCCAAUAAAAUUCACAGGGUGGACAACGAGGUCCCACAGCACAAUGUUAUACCCAGAAAAAGGCUGUUUGUGGAAAAAACUAAGAACCAAAGAAUCCAGCAGCUUAUAGCUGAGAAACGAAAGGAAGGCACUUUAAAGAUUGAAAUCUAAAGACAAGCCAGGCGUUGAAGGACAGUGUGCAUUUCUCUUAUAGAGAUAUAACCAUUUUAUCAUACAUUGUAAUUAAUACCUAAGAAAUCUGUAUUGGUGCUAUGUCAGAUACUGGAACAAAAGAAUCAUACAGAUGUUUCUAUCACUUCAAUUUGAAGAAAUGCUAAAAAAAAAAAAAACUAAACUAACAAUUUAUUUGCACAAUUUGUUUAAAU